AUGAAUAGAAAUAUCCCACAGUUUGCUUACUAUGAAAAUCAGAAUUAUAUUGAUGGUAACCAAGAUUAUGAAGUUUUGAACAAUAAUUCCUCCUAUACGGUGUUACAACCAGCUGCAUUUCAGAAUAUUAAUCAAGCAAAUCAAAUGUCACAAAGGUCUUAUACACCCUUCGAGCAAUCUAGAUCUCUUCAACCUCAAAGGGCGAUGUUGUAUCGUCAUCACCUACCGAUGAGUCAUCAAAUAAAUCAGUUAGACAUGAAUCACACAUCUCAAACGGAUAUGUCAACAACAACAUCAUCGAUAACAAUAGAUCCGAAUGUAAACAACAUGGCUAAUAAAAUGAAAAUCAAAGAUUUGAGGUACGCUAUAACGCAUGAUCUUCCACCAUUCAUUGUGAAAUAUGAUAAUGAAGGGAAUAUUGAUCGUCGGGAUUUACCUAGUGCGAUGAAUGCUAAAUUAUUCAUUGAAAAUCAUCUACGUAGACAGGGUGUUAGUUUUAACGGUUUUGCACUAACUCGUCCAGUUGGUAAAAGAUUAAAACUAUAUGUAAGCAAUCGCGAUGAUUAUCAUAAGUUAAUGACAACUGAUGAAUGGCCAGAUAUAUGUGGUAGUACACAUUUAAAAAUUUCAGUUAUCAAACCCAGUGUUAUCCCUAGUCAAUUCUCAUUAGUCAUCAGAAAUGUUCCAGCUUCAAUCUCAAUAAAUAAAAUUCAAGAAGAUGUGAAUUGCUCGAUUAGUUCGGCCACAAAUUUUAGAAAAUUAAUUAGCAAAUAUGGAAAAAAGUCAAUAGAUUAUAGAUUUGAAGUGCCGGAUUUAAAUGAAUAUAAAGCGGCGGUAUCACAAGGUGUAAUAGGGCAAAUGAUUGUAAUGAGUCAGUAUUCAAAUGUAAAAUUUGUUUAG